GCUUUAGUGCCGAAUCACCCAUCGUCCUGCCGGCUGUUCCUUUGAUUCGACUCCCCCACACCCGGUCGACAUGUUGGGUGCCGCAAGACGUGCCUGCUCCUCCGUUUUAAAGGCUGCCAAGCCUGCCUUGGCGGCCAGCAAUCUUCAGAACAAUGGCGUCAAGUCCAUCCCUGCCAUCUACGCCACCCAACGUAAUUAUGCCGCCAAGGCCGAGGCAGCCACACAGACUGGUGUGGCCCCUGGAAAGGUUGUAGCUGUCAUUGGUGCCGUCGUUGACGUCCAGUUUGAUGGAGAACUGCCCCCCAUCCUCAACUCCUUGGAGGUUGCAGACCGCAACCCCAGGCUGGUCUUGGAAGUAGCCCAGCAUUUGGGAGAGAACACCGUGCGUACCAUUGCUAUGGAUGGUACAGAAGGUCUUGUCAGAGGCAAUGUUGUCGUUGACACUGGUAACCCCAUUUCCAUCCCUGUGGGCCCUGGCACCCUUGGACGUAUCAUGAAUGUUAUUGGCGAACCCAUUGAUGAACGUGGCCCAAUCAAGACUGAGCAUGUGGCAGCCAUCCACGCUGAGGCCCCAGAUUUCGUCGACAUGUCUGUAGAACAGGAGAUUCUGGUGACUGGCAUUAAAGUCGUAGAUUUGCUUGCCCCUUACUCCAAGGGUGGAAAGAUUGGUCUGUUUGGUGGUGCUGGUGUAGGCAAGACUGUACUUAUCAUGGAACUGAUUAACAACGUUGCCAAGGCUCAUGGUGGUUACUCUGUGUUUGCCGGUGUGGGUGAACGUACCCGUGAAGGAAAUGACUUGUACCAUGAAAUGAUUGAGUCUGGUGUCAUUUCCCUGAAGGACGACACCUCAAAGGUAUCUCUGGUGUACGGUCAGAUGAACGAACCCCCAGGUGCCCGUGCUCGUGUCGCCCUGACUGGAUUGACUGUUGCUGAAUACUUCCGUGACCAGGAGGGCCAGGACGUGCUGCUCUUCAUCGACAACAUUUUCCGUUUCACCCAGGCUGGUUCUGAGGUGUCUGCCCUGUUGGGUCGUAUUCCAUCUGCUGUAGGUUAUCAGCCUACCCUGGCCACUGACAUGGGUACUAUGCAGGAGCGAAUUACCACCACCAAGAAGGGAUCCAUCACUUCCGUGCAGGCCAUUUACGUACCUGCUGACGACUUGACUGAUCCUGCCCCGGCCACCACCUUCGCUCACUUGGACGCCACCACUGUGUUGUCUCGUGGUAUUGCCGAGUUGGGUAUCUACCCUGCUGUGGAUCCCCUCGAUUCCAUCUCACGUAUCAUGGACCCCAACAUCAUUGGUCACGAGCACUACGGUGUUGCUCGAUCAGUGCAGAAGAUUUUGCAGGAUCACAAGUCACUUCAGGAUAUCAUUGCUAUCCUGGGUAUGGAUGAACUGUCAGAAGAAGAUAAGCUGACUGUUGCUCGUGCCCGUAAGAUCCAGAAGUUCCUGUCCCAGCCCUUCCAGGUCGCUGAGGUCUUCACUGGCUACAGCGGAAAGUUCGUCUCCCUCCCCGAAACCAUUCAGAGCUUCAUGGAGAUCUUGUCAGGCAAGCACGACAACUUGCCAGAGGCUGCCUUCUACAUGCAGGGUGGCAUCGAUGAUGUCAUCGCAAAGGCUGAACAGUUGGCUGCCCAGGGCACCUAAGAAGUCAGGCUGUUAAGAGGCGUGCAGAUAAUUUAUAAUUAAGUUUUUAAAAGAGCUGUGUAUAGAGCAUUAUAAUUGAAACGUUCCAUUGUCUGUUGUAGGACGGGAGUAUGGAGGUUCUUCAAGUUUAUGGCAAAACUAUUUUGUUCCUUACAUGAGAGGAAUGUUGUACAGAAUUCCAGUGAGAAUGUAAAUUUAUAUAAAAACCAAAAGUAUA